AGCGCAAUGAAGUCACCUCUGCCGGAUUAUCUGCAAGCCGUUCUGGAAAAGGCGCGAAGCAAUGAAAAUGGGGCCCCAGCCGGGUAUAUCGAGACACUCGCGAGAGCAGAUCCAAGCAAGAUGGCCGUUGCACUUGCUAUGGUUGAUGGGAAAAUUUACUCGGCUGGCGACGACGAUGUUGAAUUUUCCAUCCAAUCAAUUUCCAAAGCUUUCGUGUAUGCUCUUGCAAUUGAGGAUGCUGGUCUGGACCGCGUAAUGCAGAAGAUCGGAGUGGAGCCCUCAGGCGACAAAUUCAACCAACUCUCUCUUGAGAAGAAGACCAACCGCCCUAUGAAUCCCAUGAUCAACGCUGGAGCGAUCACCGCUCACGCUUUGGUGGUUGGGCCUAAUUCCACGGCAGAAGAGAGGACAGACCGCAUUCUGAAAGCAUUAUCCAAGCUAGCUGGAAGGCAGUUACAUGUUGACGAGGAAGUCUACGAGGCCGAGCUUAGGGAUGCGGAUCGCAACAUGGCUAUUGGAUACAUGCUCAAAGCUGCCGGGAUCAUUUCAUGUGAUCCGCGAGAGGUGGUCCGCGGGUAUAUCCGCCAGUGUGCUAUCAAUGUUAACGUUCGAGAUCUAGCAAUGAUGACUGCUACACUGUGCAACGGUGGAGUACAUCCCCUGAGCGGCGAGCAAAUCAUUCCACAAUUGAGUGUGCGCCAGGUUCUAUCUAUCAUGGCCACUUGCGGUAUGUACGAUGCAGCUGGAGAUUGGCUUACGAGAGUCGGAAUUCCCGCAAAGUCUGGAGUCGCAGGAGGUAUCAUCGGCGCACUGCCAGGACAAGUUGGAAUUGCCGCAUUUUCGCCCAAUCUAGAUGAACGUGGGAAUAGUGUGCGAGGCAUCGAAAUCUGCGAAAUGCUUUCUGCAGACAUGGAGUUGCACAUGAUGGGUAUCUCACAGCUCGCUAGAGCUACUGUGCAGACCUCAGUGGCCACGAUUGUUGCCGGCAAGCACGAACCACACCAUCCUCAUUGCGCAAAGGAAGUCGUAGUCUUCAAAUUACGAGGUGCAGUCCGCUUUGCAGGCUCUGAGCGUCUCACACGAGCUAUAGAGCGCGAGCUUGGGGAGCCGAAUCCGGAAGAACCUGGAUCGGGGACUCAUGCUGAAGCUUGUGCAGUUGUGUUUUCAUUCCGCGAUGCUUACUCCCUAAGCUCGAUAGCAAGACGUAUUGUCCACGAGGACGUAAAUCGACUUCUAGCGGAAGGAAAGUCAGUUGUUGUUAUUGAUCCUGCCCGCGUUCUGGAAUGGGAUAUGGUCACAAAUCCGAAGUACCCACUGGUUGUCGAUAACGAGGCCGAGGCCUUGGAUUAUAUUGGAGGAACAGGGUGCCGAGCGGUAUCUUCCGAUGAUACAUGGUGA